UUGCUCGUCUUUCCGCAUGCAUUCGUUCGGCUUCACCAUUCCUCAUACACAUUUAAGGGAUCAUACAUACUCAAUAUUAUAUUCGUUACUGCAUAUUUUUGACCCUGUUUUCAAAUAAAUUUUCCUCUACAAGCCGUUCAAGGUAUGGCUUUAUCGAAAGAAAAUCAAGCAAUGAAUAGUUCAAGAAAGUGGACAUUGCAAGAUUUUGAAAUAGGGAAGCCGCUGGGCAAAGGAAAAUUCGGCAACGUUUAUUUGUCGAGGGAGAAAAAGUCAAAGUUUCUUAUUGCACUCAAGGUCCUGUUUAAAAAGGAACUGAAAAGGGCGAAUGUUGAACAUCAAUUGAGACGAGAAAUCGAAAUUCAGACGCACCUUCGCCACACUAACAUAAUUCGAAUGUUUGGGUACUUCCACGAUGAGACACGGGUUUAUCUUAUAUUAGAGUAUGCAAGUCAAGGAGAACUAUACCAAUAUCUCAAAAAUCAGCCAAAUAAGAGAUUUGAAGAACCAUUAGCUGCCAAGUUUAUUUAUCAAAUAGCUGAUGCAAUCGGGUAUUGUCAUCACCGAAAUGUACUUCAUCGGGAUAUAAAGCCGGAAAAUAUAUUACUAGGAGAUGAUGGGAUGCUAAAAAUUGGUGAUUUUGGGUGGUCUGUACAUGCUCCAUCGUCAAAACGUGAAACUGUUUGUGGGACGCUGGACUAUCUGCCCCCAGAAAUGGUGGAGGGUUCAGCUCAUGAUAAAACGGCAGAUAUUUGGAGUAUAGGGAUCCUUUUGUAUGAAUUUUUAGUAGGAAAGCCUCCAUUUGAGACCUUAUCUUAUAAUUCUACUUAUGAAAAAAUUAUCCGUUGUGAUUAUGGAUUCCCUACCCAUGUAACGGAAGGGGCCAGAGAUCUCAUCAAAAAGGUAUUGAAAAAACUGCCACAAGAGAGAUUACCCAUCCGUCAAAUAUUAGUGCAUCCAUGGAUUGCAUCUCAUGUUGACAUUAGUAAACAACAUCGUGUAAACGGAACUGGAGAUAACAGACUGAAACAACAGCAGCACACAAUACAACAAAGUACUUUGCCAACAACUAAUAAGCCCACAACAACGUCAUCGAAAGAUCACAAAUUUCUUGUGCCAGCUCCUCCUAGCUCUUCGAAAAGCUCUUCUAAAAUACCCAAUGUUAAACGAUCCUAUCAUAAUUGAUGAUUCCUAAUUCCCUGUUGGACAAUUUUUCGCUAAUCAAACAAGCACGUUUUAUGUCUUGUGGGUUUUAAACAGCAGAUUAGGAUUUGGAAUUGCAGCGCAGCGCAGAAUAAUAAUGAUAAAUUUACAAGCCUAUCAGAUUUCAUUCGUUAGAUGGUGACUGAAAUGAUAGUAUUAAAUAUUUUAUCCAUCGUCGUCUUAUAUAAUCCGCAUUUUAUCGUUUUUUAAUUUUUUUUAAAUAAUCACCAGGAGCCUGAUUUUAACUAUUUCGUAUCAUACUGCACCUCUUUAUAAUACUAAUAAUUGUGAAGUGUAAUACUAUUUUAAUUCAUAUCAUAGGUUAAUGAAGUAUCAUUUUAAUCUCAGUGAAACCGUAAACAACGUCUUGUAAUGGGGUGAUUUCCUGCAUGCCUGUGUCAUAUAUUAUGUACAACUACAACGUAUUACAUUAAUAAAUCACGAUUUGACAACA